AUCAAAAUGCUAUAAAUUUAAAAAAAAAAACUUUACAGAGUGAAGACCAAUUGGAAAUUGGAGAGUUCAAAUAAUGGACUUCCUUUUAAAGUUGGCAUGGAUCUUUAUGGCCAUAGCAUUAAAAGCAGCUGCUACGUCCUUUUACGAAGACACAGCAUUACUGUUGGCUAAAUCUCUCCUGAACCCUGAUAAUAUUGCACAAACUCUUUCACUGCAGGGAGUCAAAAGAUCACCAAACUUUGAGGAAUUUAAUAAUGAAUAUCUUGGAAUUAAUGUUAAACUAGAACAUUUAAAUACAAACACCUCUACAGGACAUAUUGCUGAUAUCACUGUGAAUGAUCUGGCUAAGCUGCAUCUUCCUUGUAUUAAUGGAAAAGUUCUCAAACUAAAUGUUGAAUUCAACCAAGAUGAAAACCAUCUUAACAUAAAAGUAAAAUAUCUUUUCCCAGAAGGAAAUAAUCUCACUGGAGGAUUCAAACUGGAACAUAGCCAAAUAAUGGACUCAAGUCGCACAAACCUGAAAUAUCUUGAUAGUUUUUUUGAGGUUGAUGUUCAAUUAUCUGGCAAGAUGUUUAAGGGGAGCAUCAUAGAUAUGUUUAAUCAAAUGUAUUACUUUAGUGGAAAUAUAGAACCUGGAGUAGUUUUUUCUUUAUCAAUGGAGAACUCCAUAAGUGUGAACCUGUUGGAUAUUUCCUUAAAUUUUCAAAGUUUGGAAACAAAAUUCAAAGUUGAUCAGUCUGUGUACACACUAGUGCUGCCCUAUAGUUCUUAUCUAUCAUCUCUAUCACCACUUGAACUGAAAUUGGAAGAUCAUGAUGACUCUAUAGAAGCUUCAAUUUCUUAUGGAACCUGUAUUUGUAAACUUGAAUACUUAAAAAAUUCCACCAGCAUUAUGAGAAUUUCAGUUUAUGAGAGCAUGAAUAUUUUACUUGACUUGAGACUGAAAGCAAUUUUAAAAGAAGAUAAUUUUGAAAAUAAAUAUCAUGAGAUAGGCUUUAGUAAUGGAACAAUGAGGUUAGGAGCCUGGGAGGGACCUAACAUUGUCUAUAGAUGCCUGGCUUGUGAUGAAUAUAUUUGGAAGCUGGUUGAGAUUGGUGGGGACACUCUUAGCCAUCAAGAUGAAGAGAUUUAUGACAAGGAUAAUAUGGAUUCUGGAAGCGGUGACUUUGGAAGUGGAUACUAUGGAUAG